AUGACGACUAUUAAGUGGGCUGUUUUUAUAUCUCUUGUCCAAUUAUCCCAGCAAGCAAUUGUUGACAGAUUCUAUCCCGAGUAUGAUUAUAUCAUAGUUGGAGGAGGGUCUGCAGGUUGCGUGUUGGCCGGCAGGUUGUCUGAAGAUGCAGGCGUCACUGUGUUGUUGUUGGAAGCUGGAGGUAAUGAUGCGGGGAACCCUAAUAUCACAAUACCUGGGCUGGCACCUCUAAAUGUGAGAACAAAUGUGGACUGGGGAUAUUACACAGAGCCUCAGCCUGGAGUCUUGGGAGGAUUUGAAAACAAACGAUCCUACUGGGCCAUGGGCAAAGUUUUAGGUGGUGGUAGUAGUAUUAAUUAUAUGGUGUGGGCUCGUGGUUCCAGACACGACUACAACAGGUGGGCUGAUUACCUGGGAACCACUGACUGGGACUACAGACACGUCUUGCCUUACUUCAAGAAAUCUGAGGACAUGUUGAUUCCCGAACUCAGAAAUUCCAAUUAUCAUUCCCAAAAAGGUCCCGUACCUUUGUCUCGCUUUGUGAACCAGCCAAUCGUUGAGAAGAUGAUAGAAGCAGCACAAACUAUUGGUUACCCCUUCAAUCUGGACUACAACGGAGAAACCACGAACGGUAACCUGAUGGUUGUUCUUUUAUUAUCAUUAAAUUCAAACUAA